UUUAGCCCCGCCGGCACUCGGCAAUAAUCCCACCUGUCUGCCUCCCUCCGCACUGCUUCUCCUCUCCUCGCGGCGCGCAUCCAUGGCGGCCUCGUCCGCCUCCCUCCUCGCCCGUCGCCUCAUCAUGUCCCGCCGCUUCCUGUCAUCCCCACUCGGCUCCCUCUCUACCACAACCGCGACGCGCAGUUUCUCGAUCUCUUCUCCCGGGUUUAAAAGCUUCGUUGUGGAGUCCGACCUUGAGAACGAGCACGACCAGCCCCCCGCGGACCAGAACCGCCAGCAGACGUCGAACAGCCCGCGCCCGCCCGACACCACCCGCCCUCUCGAGAACGGCCUCGACCCCGGCAUCUACAAGGCGAUACUGGUGGGGAAGGUCGGGCAGGAGCCGAUGCAGAAGCGGCUGCGGAGCGGGAAGACCGUCGUGCUUUUCUCGCUCGGCACCGGUGGCAUCCGCAACAACCGCCGCCCGCUGGAUCGCGAGGAGCCGCACCAGUACGCCGACAGGUGCUCCGUGCAGUGGCACCGCGUCUGCGUCUAUCCAGAUCGCCUCGGCACCGUCGCGCUCAACAACGUCAAGACUGGCACUAUUCUCUAUUUGGAAGGAAAUCUUGAGACCAAAGUGUUCUGUGAUCCAAUUACUGGGCUAGUUAGACGCAUAAGAGAAAUAGCUGUGCGUUCAAGUGGUCGUCUCUUGUUUCUGGGCAAUGACGCCAAUGCUCCAAAGUUAGGCGAAGUCAAGGGCGUCGGCUACUUCUGAUAUUGGUUUAUGUUUAACUGAGCAUACCAGUUGCAGGGACAGAGUCAUCAUAACGGUGUUACUUUACUGGAAUCUGAGUGGACCAACAAAUCCUGGCGGCGAUUCGAGUCUUUUGCCGUGUUGAAUUUUACCAGAUUCCUGUUUUGUCAAGCUCUCAGCACCACUGUAGAUACCUUGUAAUCGUUGUAACAGCAACAUGUAGGAUGUGUGAUCAGUAAUCUGUACUAUCCUUAAAGUACUAGUUUCAACGGUCGUUCUGCGUCAUAUUUUUACAAAUAAUCACUCACAUCUAUUUCAAA